AAUGACACGUCUCGCCAUUUGAUACUCAAUAUCACCACCACCACUCACUCACUCACUCACGCACUCACUCACACACACACAGAUCACUGCCCGUAACGCCCAUUUUCAACUUCCCUAAAACCCACACGCAUUGAAAUCCGCGCUCUAGUUCAUACGUUUCUCAUCUUUUUACCUGUACUCUGCUUUCGACAAAAACCCCAUCAUGGGAGAGGAGGAGAAGAAGAAGCCGGAGGAGAAGAAAAUGGCGGAGGAAAUCGAUGUUAAGAAACCAGCUGCUGAUGACUUGAAGGAAAAGAAAGAGGAGAAUCAGCCGUCGGAGAAAUCGCUGCCGGAGAAGAAGGAGGAGGGAAAAACAGAGGAACCCAAUGAAGGUAAGGAUGCUAAGGAGCAGGAUUCACCGCCGCCGCCACCGCCGGAGAUUGUUCUCAAAGUUUACAUGCAUUGUGAAGGCUGUGCUCGGAAAGUCCGCCGCUGUCUCAAAGGCUUUGAAGGAGUUGAAGAUGUAAUCACUGAUUGCAAGACCCAUAAAGUGAUUAUAAAAGGGGAAAAGGCAGAUCCAUUGAAGGUCUUGGACAGAGUACAGAAGAAAAGCCAUAGACAGGUGGAGCUUCUAUCUCCGAUCCCAAAACCGCCGCCGCCGGCGGAGGAACCAAAACCAGAGGAGAAAGAAACACCGAAAUCUGAAGAGAAAAAAGAAGAGCCACAGGUCGUGACAGUGAUAUUAAGCGUUCAUAUGCAUUGCGAGGGUUGUGCUCAAGAAAUCAAGAAGCGGAUAUUACGAAUGAAAGGGGUGGAUUCAGUGGAGCCAGAUCUGAAAACCUCACAAGUUACAGUAACCGGCGUGUUCGACCCACCAAAGCUUGUGAACUUCGUGCACAGAAGAACCGGAAAACACGCCGUAAUAGUUAAAACAGACCCAGAAACGAAAGAGAAAGACGGCGAGGCUAAGGAAGGGAAAGAGGAGAAAGCGAAAGAAGAAGGCGGGAAAGAGAAGAAGGGCGACGGCGGCGACGGAGAGGGGAAAGAAGGAGAGGGCGGAGGAGAGGGGAAAGACGGCGGAGAAGCGGCGGCGGCGGCGGAAGAGGCGAAAGUGGUGGAGGUGAUAAGAAAUGAGUAUCAGUAUUACGCACAGAGAUACGCCAUGGAAAUGUACGCUUAUCCGCCGCAGAUUUUCAGCGAUGAAAAUCCAAAUGCGUGCUCUGUUAUGUGAAUUAAAGGUUGAAGAUGAUGAGUCACAGUCGAUUAGAA